AUGCCGAAGCCUUACGUGCAUCUCAUAGGGCCGCCUUUGGACCUAGCGUUGGACGCGAGGUGGUAUGGGGGGAAAGGAAGAUGGGUAAGGAAUGGGUGUAAACCUAAUGCAGUGAUCCGGCCAAUCAUCUGUCGGAGGAAGGAAACCGAGAACGGGAAGCCGAAAGAGGGAGAGAAAGGGGAAGAGAAGGAGACAGAGAAGGAAGGAGAGAAUGGCGAAGCGGAAGGUGACGAUGAGACCCUUUCGUUCGCGCUAUUCGCCCUGAAGGACUUGAAAGCGAACGACGAGAUUGUGUUGGGAUGGGAAUGGGACGAUGGCAAUGUGGUGCAUCAAUUACCUGCAUUGAUUGGUAGUGACACGGUCAGGAUUGGGGGGAAAGACACUGCCAACGGGUGCAUACAGAACAUAUGUUUUUGA